UGGUUCAAUUUUGAAAACCCAUAAACGGAUUCAACCGUCCUCCACAGUUAGCGCCAGCCAUGAGAGGAACCAGAAGAAGAGGAAGACAACAAAAUUCUCUCCAAAACGACGACACUUGGACUCUCAGACCCCUCAACGAUCCACCACCUCCCCUACAAGAAGAACGCAAUCUCGAGUCUCCAUUAACCUAUAAGGACCAAACUUCAGAACAAACUGCACAAAAAUCCCCGAAAAAACAGGAAAAUCCCAAAUGGGUAUCGCGCAACCGGCGCGCCCACGUGGUCAAACGCCGAUUUGUUAAGAAAUCCGAGCUCGAAACUUCGAAAAGUGAACUGGGUUCGCUGAGUAAUGAAGACAAUUCGUUGGUAAACGAGGUGGAUGCUUUGAAUAUUGGCGAGGAAGUUAAAACAGAUAGAGAAGAAAAGAGAAGUAACGAAGGCGAUAGGAUGUCGAAGAAUGAAGCUGUUGACGUGGAAAGUAUAUUGAAUGAGCUGAGUUUAAGUGUGGAAGAGCCAGAAUUGGAUGAUGAGCAGCUGAGGAUCAACGAUCAACUGCAGGAGGACGAGUUGCUUGCAAUGGAGUCUAUUUAUGGAGAAAAUGUCUUCAUCCUUGAUAGAAAAAGAGGCUUACGAUCUUUUCAGAUUGAUAUACGUAUUGAAGCCCUUGGUGAACUAACUGUAACUGCAAAGCUAAAUUCAUCUAGUCAUCUUCUUGCGAAAACUGAAAGUUCAGAUGACUUUUCCUACUCUUUUAAAGUCCAGUAUCUUCCUCCCAUUGUUUUAACUUGUUUAUUACCUAAAUCAUACCCAAGCCAUCUCCCUCCAUGCUUUACCAUUUCUGUUCAGUGGUUGGACUCUGCUAAGAUUUCCAAGCUUUGCUCCAUGCUGGACUCAAUAUGGAGGGAUCAACCUGGACAAGAAAUUAUAUAUCAAUGGACAGAUUGGCUACAAAAUUCUUCUCUUUCAUAUGUUGGGUUUGAUAAUGAGAUUAUGCUCGGUCCUUAUGGUGUCAUGCAUGCUGGAGAUAGGCGGGCAAUUUCAAGGAGUGUAUCACCGGAUGUUGAUGUUCCUUCAAUUAGGACUUACAAUGAUGAGAGAUGCCAUGAGAGCUUUCUCAAAAACAUUCAUGAAUGCUGCAUCUGUUUCAGUGAGUAUGCAGGUACCGACUUUGUCAGACUGCCGUGUAAGCAUUUCUUUUGCUGGAAAUGCCUGAAGACUUAUUCUGACAUACAUGUCUCUGAACGCAGCAUAGGCAAGCUCCAAUGUCCCGAAACAAAAUGUGGAGGUAUGGUUCCUCCCAGUUUGUUGAAGCGAUUGCUUGGUGAUGAGGAGUAUGAGCGCUGGGAAUCCUUAAUGUUACAAAAAACACUUGAGUCAAUGUCUGAUGUUGCAUAUUGUCCAAGAUGUGAAACACCUUGCAUUGAAGAUGAAGAACAACAUGCACAAUGCUCCAAGUGUUUCUACAGCUUUUGCACACUUUGUAGGGAACGACGCCAUGUAGGUGCUACAUGUAUGACACCUGAAUUGAAGCUUCGCAUUUUGCAGGAGCGCCAAAAUUCAUCACAGCUACAGGAAUCACAAAAACAAAGGGAGAGGGAAAUGAUCAAUGAGAUGCUUAGUGUCAAGGAAAUACUUCGUGAUGCUAAGCAAUGUCCAUCUUGUAAGAUGGCAAUCUCAAGGACUGAAGGCUGUAAUAAGAUGGUAUGUCAUAACUGUGGGCAGUACUUUUGCUAUCGCUGUAACAAAGCAAUUGAUGGAUAUGAUCAUUUUAGUGAUGGGACAUGCGACCUCUUCCCACAGGAGGCGAUUAAUAACUGGGAGGAGCGGAUGAAUGCCCGACAGGUUGUGGCUCAGAUUCAAGCCGAAAUGUUUGCUGAUCAUGGUCACUUAUGCCCUAAUUGUGGUCAACACAAUGCAAAGGUUGGCAAUAACAAUCAUAUCUUCUGCUGGGCAUGCCAAAUGCACUACUGUUACUUGUGUAGAAAGAUCGUGAGGCGCAGCUCUCUGCAUUAUGGACCAAAGGGUUGCAAGCAACACACUGUGGGAUAAUUGAGAAGGGGUGAAUCAAACAUUUGGUAGUAACCAUAAACAGCUUUUGGUUUGGUACAUCUUGAUGAAAUCGAAGUUUAAUAGAGGUUCUUAUAGAUGUUAUACAAGUUGAACUGGUCCAAAUGCAAGAUUUUCAGUUGAUUGAUCUUUGAUGCACGUUCAUUCGUUGGCUAAAUAUCUCUCUGGGGUGAUGGCUUCUCUGAUGUUGUAGAGUACUUGUUUUGGUGCCUGGAGCUUACUUUUUUAAGGAUGUAUAUUUGUUUCAUUAUGGCGACAUUUCUUCCACCGGUGCUGGCUAUUGUAGUUAAAUGUAAAUGUACAGGGUGCCCAUUUUUGACAGAUUUCAUUUAUUUAUUGUUUGCGUAUAAAAAGGAAUAAAAAGGUGAAAUGUCUGAAACAUUACAGUAA